AACUCCGUCGACGUCCUCUUUUUGCAUUUCAAUAGGAAAGCAUUGCCGGAAAUUCACCGUGUUUCUGGCUAAGAGUGUUCUGAGGAACUGCAUAAAACGAUACCGGUUGGAGGACCCUUUGUGAUAUCUUUACAAGUGGGGACAACCAAACAAUAUGGCAGAUACUGAAUUAUUGCAAGCGAUUCAAGAAGUUUUAAAAAAGGCCCUUAUUUUUGAUGGCGUUACUAAAGGGAUCCGCGAAUCAGUCCGUUGCAUUGAAGCUGGUCAAGCACAGUUGGUUAUUCUUGCGGAAGACUGUGAUCAACCUGGGAUUCCCAGUUUAGUAGAGGCUCUGUGUGCCGAACAAAGUGUCAACUUGGUCAAAGUACCAGAGAGGAAACAACUUGGAGAAUGGGCAGGGUUGUGCAAGAUCGAUCAGGAAGGAAAAGCUACCAAAGUGGUAGCUUGUUCUUGUGUGGUAGUAAGAGACUUUGGUGAGCAAUCGGAAGGUCUCAACUAUCUUUUAGAGUACCUUAAAGAAACUGUCGCUGCUUCAGAGUAAAAUUUGUCCUUUUGUUUUCAAUAAAUCGACUCUUAUGAAA